AUGGCAAUUCAUCAUAAGAGAGCUAAGCCCCAGCGGGGUAGAGGUUCUAAGUCUCUUCGAGGCAAACGACGAAAGUUCGAGACCUCGAGGCUCAAGGAUGUUAGUGAGGGUAACUCUUCCGAAGAUGAAGCAGAGGACGUCAGUCGUGGCCCGGUCGACGAACUGGACGGUAGCGAGGGCUCCGAUAUAUCUUCCGGGAGUGACCUUGACGAGCAGCCGGAUGAGAAUUCAUAUAGCACCCUCUUAAAACUCCUGCAUAAUGGUGCCAAAUCAGACGAGCCGGCGCGCAAGAGACGAAAAAUUAGAUCUGACACGCCGCACACAGCCCAGCAUGAAACAUCUGUACAGGACGAUGGAGAUGUUGAGGCGGUGGACGAGUUGGCAGUUAUGGAGCCAUCAGAUGAGGAGAAUAUGGAUGAUGAUGUCUCGGACCAGGUGGAUGGUUAUGACAACUCUGGAAAUGAUGGAAGAAACGACCCCUUUGAAUCCCAUUUCGGAAAUCCAGACGAAUCUGAAUUAUCCCAGAAAAUUGAGGCUUCGUCUAAGCCCUGGCGCUCUAUAAAAUCGGAUUUAAUUGAGGGCAUGUAUGUUGUGGCCGGCAGCCCAGAUGCAGGUCAUGCAACAUGUCCUGUCUUGCCCUCGACACCUACGCCUGCUAAUCUUAAACUAAAGCAAAAACUAGCAAGAAAUGCCGUCUCCUUCGACCCUCUUAGCAACUGCCUAACGCCAUAUAUAUUUGGAUACCAUGACAUUCUAUUUUGCUCAAGGACGACCAAAAAUUCAGCCAAACUUCGUGAUCUCUAUUGUUUACAUGCUUUGAAUCAUGUUCUUAAAACCCGAGAUCGCGUAAUUAAGAAUAGUGCGACUUUGUCCAAGGAAGAUGGGGGGGAUAUCGAACUAAGUGAUCAGGGCUUUACAAGGCCCAAGGUUCUAAUGAUUCUCCCAACCCGACAAGCUUGUGUCCGUGUCAUCGAUUCUCUUUCUAAGCUCUAUCCAACGGAACAACAAGAGAAUAAGAAACGAUUUAUGGACAGCUUCUCUGCACCUGAUAAUGACGAUUGGGUUAACAAAACUGAGGAUUUCAAGGAGUUAUUUGGAGGUAAUGAUGACGAUAUGUUCCGACUCGGUUUGAAGUUCACACGGAAGUCCCUUAAAUACUUCUCACAGUUUUAUAGCUCCGAUAUCAUCCUUGCAAGUCCACUUGGGUUACGAACUGCCAUAGAAAAGGAAGGGGGGAAACGGCUCGAAAAUGAUUUCCUAUCCUCUAUAGAGAUGGUAAUUGUGGAUCACGCAGAUGCCCUCAUCAUGCAGAAUUGGGAACACGUCGAGUAUGUUUUCUCCAAUCUCAACCUUCAGCCUAAAGAAGCACAUGGCUGUGAUUUUAGCCGAGUACGAAAAUGGUACCUUGACGGUCAUGGAAAGUACAUUCGCCAAACGCUCGUGUUCUCGGCCUUCAUUACUCCAGAGCUCAAUGCUCUGUACGGCUCACAGAUGCAAAACAUAUUCGGAAAAGCAAAAAUCAUACCAAAAUAUGAUGGGGCUAUUCUCAACCUUCGACUGCUGUCUUCUGUGAAGCAGACUUUCUCCCGCUUUGAUUCGCUUUCCCCACUUAAGGAUCCGGAAGCUCGCUUCCAGUACUUUACUCGAACGGUCCUCACCAAUCUUUCUCGGAACUGGACGGGGCCAAAUUCUGGGAAGGGGAAAUCUGGGGGAACCCUGAUAUUUAUACCAUCCUACUUGGAUUUUGUCCGUGUCAGAAACUACUUUGCCAACUCCACCCAGACCGCUAACAUUUCGUUUGGCUUAAUAUCGGAAUACACAUCCGUGCGCGAUUCAUCAAAAGCUAGAAGCCAUUUCAUGAACGACCGGCACUCUGUCCUCCUCUAUACUGAACGCGCACAUCAUUUCCGGCGAUAUAAUAUUCGGGGUGUCAGCAAUAUUGUGAUGUAUGGACUACCUGACAACCCAAUGUUUUGGAGCGAAAUAGUCGAGUAUUUAGGAUCCGGUCCUGGUGCUACAGCUGCCGCUAGUGGACCUAUUCCUACCCUAAGGGUACUUUUCUCGAAAUGGGACGCCUUUAAGCUAGAGAGGAUCGUGGGGACAACCAGAGUUCGAAACAUGUUGUUAGAAAAAGGAGGAGAUACAUUUACAUUUGUCUAG